CACAACUUGUAAGGAAAGAGGUGAUCACAGAGGUGUGCUUUGAGAGAAAAACUGUGACGCGUGGGAGGAUAGUAGACUAGUACAUAAAUAAAUAUUGGUACGAGCAAGAUCCAUAAGCGAAAAUGCGAGAUACUAACGGGCAUUAUCAGUUGAUUGACAGAUUUGUGAGUGACAUCAAACAAGGAAAAAUGCGUGAUUCAUAUACCAUAGCCACAGCCACUGUUGAAUUAUUAAAAAAUAUUAUCACGCACGCAGAGUGGAAAACAGCAAAGGAGUUACUGAGCAUUAUCAAAGAAGGUGGUCGAAGUUUAUCAAACUCUUUGCCCCUUCAUGCUUCUGUUGAUAAUAUGGUGAGAAGAAUUUUAAAAAUCAUCCGAGAAGAAUAUAUCUCAGCACAACAGAACAAACAAGAGGAGGUUGAUCCCCAAGAAUCUCUUCAUAAGAUAGUAACAUCAGAGGGUGAUGAUGAUGAUUACAGCAAACAUAUUCCACAGCUAAAAUCCGCAAUUCUUGAACAUAUCAGUGAGUUUCAAGUUGAGCUUGAAACUAGUGCAGAUAACAUUGCCCAACAAGCAAGUGAACAUAUCCAUUCGAAUGAAAUAAUAAUGACUCUAGGGAAAUCUAAUGCAGUUCAAGCUUUCCUGAAGAAAGCUGCUGCUUACAGAAAAUUUGAAGUCAUAGUCGCAGAAUGUGCACCAUUUUGCCAUGGUCACGAGUUAGCCUUGAGCUUAGGAAAAAGUAAAAUCCAAACAACAGUUAUAACUGAUUCUGCCAUAUUUGCUAUAAUGUCCAGGGUGAAUAAAGUUAUUAUUGGCACUCAUACAGUAAUGGCAAAUGGUGGGCUAAGGGCCCUUUGUGGCAGCCACACAGUUGCCCUUGCAGCUAAACAUUUCUCAGUUCCUGUCAUUGUUUUGGCACCAAUGUACAAGCUGAGUCCUAAGUACCUGUGUUCCUAUGAUCAAGAUGCAUUUAAUAGUUUUGUCUCACCAGAAGGAGUUCUCAGUUAUGCAGAUGGUGCAAUACUCUCCAAAACACAUGUUUUCAAUCCUGUGUUUGAUUACGUACCUCCGGACUUGGUUACACUUUUCAUUUCAAACACGGGAGGACAUUCACCAUCCUAUAUUUAUCGCCUCCUCAGUGAACUUUAUCAUCAAGAUGACAAUGAAAAAUGAGAUUGGGUAGAAAAGAGAUUUUUUGAAUUUUUUUUAUACUGUGAUAAUUUUGCAUAUUUCUUUUUGUAAAUAAAAAGCUUUUCAGUUAUUUACUGUAACAA